AUGUCGUCUGCCACCCGCCUGCCCGCCUCUCACCUCUACCUCUUCCAGCUCCCGACUGACCUCAUCAACCACCUCACACCGCGCCAACUCGUCAUCCCGCCAGACCAUCCCUUGCACCCCUCGAACCGCACCGCCGAACCCACUCCUGCGACCCAAGACCUCCCACUCGGCCUCGAUGACGGCAGGAGGGGAGGAGCGUACACCUGCGCAUUGACGGGCGCGUCGUUCGAUACGCUCGAGGGGUUGAAGCAGCACUACAGGACGGACUGGUACAGGUACAACGUCAAGUUGAAGUUGCAGGGGAAACCGACACCCGUGAGCGAGCAGGCGUUCAAUCAGCUAGUCGAAGACCUAUCCGACUCGCUCUCUGGCUCCGACUCCUCCCUCUCCGACAGCGACUCCUCCCUCUCCUCCUCCUCUCCCUCCUCUUCCCGCCCCACUACCAGCACAUCAGCCGACCCCUCCCUUUCCCGCCUCCUCGCCAAAACAACCCUCUCCUCCCCCUCCCCCUCCGCCCUCGACGACUCAGACCUCGACUCGGCCCUUCUCGCCGGUCCCAAGUCGCCCCUCGAGUGGUUCGACGCGCCCACCUCUCCCGAAGGCUUAGAAACGCAGUAUGGGAUCCACCGCGCUGCGUUGCCUGAAGCGGGGGCGCGGAAGAGGUUGCUCCCGAGUAAGGAGGAGGGAGAGGCGGUCCUUUCUGAACUGCGCGCGCUGCAGCUGCCUGAGAAGGAGGGAGAAGGAGGAGAGAGGAAGUGGACGAUGCUCAUGUUCGGAGGAGGACACUUUGCUGGAUGGGUCAUCUCCCUCCGCCCUAAACUCGUGAGUGGCUCCAAGGGGGGAAAGGGGAAGGAGCGGGAAGUGGUGGUUCUUGAAUCAAAGACGUUUCAUCGGUACACCACGCGGAGGAAACAGGGAGGUGGACAAGGCGCGAACGACGCGGCGAUUGGGAAGGCCAAGAGUGCGGGAGCGCAGAUUCGCCGACACAACGAGGCGAUGCUGAACGAUGAAGUCGGCGCGCUCCUCACCUCCUGGUCCUCCCACAUCUCCUCCUCCUCCCUCAUCUUCCUCCGCGCCUCGAAAUCCUCCUACAAAACCUUCUUCUUCCCUUCCUCCCCCCUCGUCCGCACCGACCCGCGCAUCAGGGGCUUCGGGUUCCCUACCAAGCGACCGACCCUGAGCGAGUUGGGCAGGUGUUGGGCCGAGUUGACGAGGGUCAGGGUGGGGCAUCUCUCGAGGGGAGAACUGGAGGCGCUCGAUAGGGAGUACUUGAAGUCGAUUGCGCCGCCGCCUGCACCGGUGAGGAAGGAGGAGAAGGAGCGCAAGGAGGAGAAGGCGGAGGAGCAGCCGAAGCUCUCGAAGGAGGAAGAACUCGUCCGAGAUCGCUGGACUCGCUUGACGGAGAUGGUUCGCAAAGGACGCCUCGACUCGACGCGGACGUUUCUCGACAAAUACGGCGCCGACCUCUCCCUCUCCGGCGAGGUGUGGGGCGUCUUGCCAGAGUGGAUGCCUGAAGCGCGUCAGACGCCCACGCUCCUCCAUCUCGCGGCUGCGGCUGGACAACCCCAGCUCGUGCGGUUAUUCCUCGACCCGCCCUACAACGCCUCGCCCUACCCAUACCCUCCCUCUCCCUCUCCCACCUCCCCAAGCAAAGUACCCUACGACCUUUCCCCCUCACGCCCAACACGCAACGAAUUCCGAUUCGCGUUCCACCGCGAACCGGAGAAGUGGGAUUGGAGUGGGAGGGGACGGGUGCCGGGGGGUUUGGAUGAGAGGGUGGAGAGGGAGAGGGAGAGGAGGGAGGAGGAGAAGCGUGAGCGUGUUAGGGCGCGGGAGAGGGAGAGGGAGGAGCAGGAGCGGAAGAGGGAGGAGGAAGAGAGGAGGGCAGAGGAGGGGAUGAGGGAAAAGGCGAGGGAGCUUGCGGCGUCGGCUGCGGGAGGGAGCGGGCCGAAGAGGUUGGGAGGAGGUCCGCCGAUGCCGGUCAAGGAGCGCGAGAGGGCGGGAUUGAGCGAGGAGCAGAAGAUGAGGGUCAUGAGGGAGGAGAGGGCGAGGGCGGCAGAGGCGAGGUUGAAGCGUUUGGGUGGAUGA